AUGCAAGAUGUCGAGGACGUCUCUCUCGAGACCGACAAGCCCAGGCUGUCAGGGCGAGUGCACAUAAUCGGCCUUGGAAAUGCAGGGACAUUCGUCGCCCACUCGCUCGCAUCACGACAAUCUCCGCCACCAAUAACCUUACUCAUGCACCAGCCCUCGUUUUACCAUGCAUUCCGGCGAAAGAAAUGGUCUCUGUCCGUUAACUACAACGGCCUUGAUGAUAUUAAGACUGGGUUCGAUGUCGAAGUUCUGUACGAUAAUGGGUGGCACAAGAUACCCUCAAAAGAGGAACAUCUCGAAGCCAUGAACGAAGCCGAGAGUGACUUUGAGAUCACAGAGAACGAAGACGUUGCUCACGAAAGCAAUGAUGACGGACAUAUCGAAUGCCUAAUUGUAUGUUGCAGGUCGCAUAUGACAGACAACGCUAUCAGGCGAGUCCGUCAUCGCUUGACCUCCGAUUCGACAAUUCUUUUGAUUCAGAAUGGCAUGGGAGUUAUCGAGAAGCUGAACCGAGAAGUCUUCCCGGACGAAACGAAUCGCCCACACUAUAUACAAGGUGUGCUCAGCCACGCUCUCAAAAAGAGAGACGCUUUCCAGGUCAGCCACGCAAACGUUGGGACAUUGAUUCUCAGCCCCGUGGUCACCGCCCAGACUCCUCUUAUCGAGGCCGAGAACGACACGCAUUGGGCUCCUACGACAAAAUACCUGCUGCGCCUUUUGACCCUCACCCCGUCUCUUGUCGCCGCUGCCGAUACCCCUGCUGGUAUUCUGCAAUAUCAGCUGGAGAGACUUGCAGUCAGCUGCGUCCUCAACCCACUGACCGCCAUCCACGAAUGCAAGAACAGUGAGCUGUUGUACAAUUACCCCGUCACCCGCACCAUGCGACUGCUCCUCUUCGAAAUCUCGAGCGUAAUCUGCGCUCUUCCCGAGCUACGUGGCGUUCCAGGAAUUGAGGAUCGGUUCUCGCCGGAGCGUCUGCGACGGCAGGUCAUGAAUGUGGCCAUGACCCAUCCCAACAAUUCGGGCUCAAUUCAGGAAGACGUGAAGUACCAACAAAACACUGAAAUAGAGUUCAUGAAUGGGUGGAUCGUGGACCGCGGUGAAGAGCUGGGCAUCAAAUGUUUGCUAAACUACAUGAUCAAGCAGCUGGUGCAUAGCAAGUCGGACAUCAUUCGACAAAGGGACGCCAGAGCGGUUCCGAUCGACGUCGACAGUAUCAUCCUUUCUGGUGACCCUGCGAGAGAUGAUUAA